CACUCCUAGACUAAGCGAAACUGAGUGACUUUUUUGGUCAUUUGGCUUCAUCAGAACCGCGAGUGUUUUGUUAGUGUUAAAGUGUUGAAUUAUUUUACAGAGCUUAUAUACUUUAUUAGGUUCUCUAUGAGGAUUCGGCUUCGUGCUUUGGUUGGUCUGGAUGAAGAGGAUGGGCGAAAACACCAACGGCAGCGAGGAGCUGAGGAACCAUCCGAGAGUGAAAUACAGCGACGAGACCAGACAGUUAAUGCAAAUGAUGAUGCAAGAAUCUGGACUCACCAGCUUUCAGCAGCGACAGAUCAACAGCCAGCUGAAGAAAGGGGGCGCCCUACCUCUGGUUUGUAACCCCACUUCAUCUGCCCCACCAUGCCAGCCUCAGCCCCAGCUCAGGGUCAGUAACGGUCCUGCUCUCUCAGCCAGGCCGCAAAGACGCAGCGCUGAGGAAUGUAGAGCCGGAGACAACUACUCACGAGAGAAAUAUCGACCCAGCGCAACACGGGAUUUGGAGAAAGAGAAACACCGACUGCAGAGCAUCCUCGCUACAGGCCAGGAGGAACCACAGCCUUCUCUCUCACACCAGCAGCCCCCUGAGAGAGGAGAGGGAAGAGAGACAGACAGGUUUCAGGAAGUUCUGGAUGAGAUUGAGGAGAGGAGGCAGUUUCUGGAGGAGAUGAGUGCUCUUGGAAGGGGACACCACUACCAGCACAUCAUUAACUCUCAGAUAUCUCAGAAAGUCCGAGAGCUUGAGCUGAUCGACAGGACGCGCAGCGAGGAGCUGACGACACUCAUGAUGAAAGAGAGAGAACAGGACAAGUGAAGAGCAGCUGUAAAUAAACAGAGGUCUGCCAGCUGUGUACCUGGAUUUACCAACAUUACUGCAAACUGAAAUGAUGCUGCCUAUUUAAUGCUACAUUGCUUUUCAAGGGUUUUGGGUUUGAGUUUUAGGUCCUGGUGUUUAUUGUUCAUACAUUCUCUGACCCAGUGGCCAAGGGGCCAUUACUUUUUUCAUGGGAUUAGUGCAAAAACCAAAAUGGG